AUACCGAAAGAGACCGAUGCUGGAAUCGCAGUGUCGCCUAUCAUCAUCAUCUCCAACUUCUCUCGUUUUUGUCCACUCGAUUCAAUUCGAUUAGGUUUAAAAGAAAACCCUAGUCGCGCAGAAGAUAUUUCGCCGCCUUUUUGGGUGGUCGUUGUCUGAAGCAGAUCUCGGAGCUUCCGAGUAUAUCAAAGCUUUGAACUUUCGUCGGUUUCAGUUCGUAGAGCUUUGAACUUUGGUCUGUUUCUGUUCGGAAUCUUUCUGGGUUCCGCAAAGGCAGGGGAAUAAGUUUUCUGUUUUGCAGAAAAACCAGAAGAAGAAGAAGACGAUGGAGGAGAACAAUCUUAUAGAGAUCUUGGAAGAAGGCCAGAAAGUUAGCAUGGCCAAGUACAUGGAAUACGUGAGUGCCCCUCUUGCUGGUGCAAUAGCAACGUUUUCAGGAACCACAAAGGACACAUUCGACGGGAAAGCAGUGUUAGAGCUAAGGUACGAGGCCUACGUUCCAAUGGCUACACGCUGUAUCGGCUCCAUCUGUCUGGCCGCUCGUUCAACCUGGAUGCUCCACAAGAUUGCCGUGGCUCACCGCCUUGGCCCUGUUCCCGUGGGAGAAACCAGCGUCUUCAUCGCGGUUUCCGCCGUUCAUCGUGCAGAUGCCCUCGAGGCUUGCAAGUUCUUGAUCGACGAGUUGAAAGCAUCCGUUCCGAUAUGGAAAAAGGAGGUUUACACGAACGGAGAGGUUUGGAAGGAGAAUACAGAGUUUCUGGAUAGAAGAUUGCAGCUUUCCGAGAAAGGAGGCGGUGGCUUGGGGAAGAAACCUGUGGUUGAAGGACAUGGAAGAAGCUGCUGUGGUAAUAAGGUUAGAGUAGAAGAUGAAGAACUCAAAGCUACUGCUGAAGAUAAGAAAUCUUCUUCUUGAUUGCUGUCUUUUCUUCUUCUUUUUUUGCUUGCAAGUUACUGUUUGGACAAUGAUACUCCUAAUUAUUUUGGUUGGUUCAAUAAAAAGGCUGCAAAGGUUUCUC